CCGCUUAGUUAAUCUUCCGAAACUACAARCUUUUUCUYACAACUGCUUCAAGAAAUCGCAAAAUGGCCGUGUACGCGGUCAAAGUGYCUCAUUUUUUCGUUGGUAUUCUGGCUCUUGCUGCUGUUGUUACCGCUUCAAGAAUGCAUCAGCCUCUUGCAACCCUUCUUAAGACAGAUUCAGAAUAUAGGAAUGACCCUGAACCCAUUAUUCUUCGCAAGGAAGASGCUAACAAUUUUCGUAAAAGUCCAGGCAGAAGAGUAAGACGUGAUUUGUGGGAAGAAUGCUUCGACGAGGGUUGUAGCAAGGAAGAGGUUGAGGAAUCAUUGGGAGGACAUGCGUUGUACCAGUAUUACUAUGGCUGGAGAUGUAUGAAGUUGUAUGGUUGGCAAUGGACAUACAGUUAUAACCCACAUCGUCUACAGUGCCACAACUCACUAAGAAGCCUGAAUACCUGUGCUAGUGGUGCAACGGGUAUAGGCACUAGGAAUUGCUAUUUUGGUAGUGCUAAGAAUGUGUAUGCUAUUUAUAUGGAAAACGGCUGCAAUGACGGUGAAUUGGGAAACUUUAGACUGAAUUUCAACGAUCCAUCAAGAACUGUUCGGUACGUUUAUAACGUUGGAUGCCGAGAAAAGAAAUCUAUUAGCAUGGUGAGAGGAGCGACGAGCUAUUCUGCAACAUUAAUUGGCGGCGGUGGUGGUGAUAGGUGGAUUAAAAAUCAUAAACUGGGCUGGUUUGGAUACAACUCUAAGUACUGCGGUAAUCCAGGGACGCCGUCCAACGGUUACUUUAACGGGAGAAAUUACUUUGAGAUGAGUCACGUGACCUAUGGUUGUCGGUAUGGCUARACUCGUGUUGGUAAUUCUAAACGAACUUGCAGGUGGUAUGGAUGGGAUGGCUCUCUUCCAGCAUGUAAACGUAUAUGUGARGCUGGUACGUUUUCAUCGACCGGAUAUGAGCCCUGCAGUCCUUGUCCUAUUGGAAAAUAUAACCCUCAUAAACGACAAACCUCUUGUUAUACAUGUCCUAAUGGGAAAUCCACUAGUUCAACAGGACGAAGAUUUGAAAGCGAAUGUCACCACAAAUGUUCCAAGGCCGUUUGCACUCUCCAACAAUGGUCACAGUGGGUAGAUUCAUCGACGCCAUUUCAAAGCAGCUGCGCCUCUCAAAUACGCACACGAAGGUACCUGACAAGCUGGACUCAGGUCCUGGAUCCAAAUGGCUGUGCAUCAGUGAACAAGAAAUGUCCAUCUGAUCUGACAGAACGUAAACAGAAAGAGGUGUAUUGUGACCCCUUAACGAAACCAGAGUUUGGAUACUACCUUCCUGCGGGUUGCUCAACUACCAAACAGGCAUGCAAGUCUACUAGCUCGUCUACUUGUGUAUUCCAUUGUAAUAAUGGCUUCCAGAGGGUUGGUAAAGAUUCCGACAUCAGGAGAGUUUGUAAGGCUAAUGGACAAUGGAGUUAUUCAGAGGCAAAAUGCAAAGAUGUUAAGGCGCCCUCAAUAACAUGUCCAAGUAACGUMGAAGUUGGAAACGACGAUGGGAAGGCAUUUGCACGAAUAACGRUGCCYAUGGCAACAGCAAGCGAUAAUUCUGGUAAACCACCAGCAAUUCAAAUCGCCACUUCCAACAUACAGGCUACUCAAGACUUCUCAAUCACUGAAAAUCCAAUCAAAGUGGAGUAUAAAGCAGUAGACGGAGCUGGUCUUUCUGAUACUUGCGGCUUUUACGUUCAUGUGAAAGAUGUUGAGAAACCAUCUGUUUUGUACUGUCCGGCAGACUACAGCGUCCUCACAAAAGACAGACCKCUGAAUAUUGUUUUCAAGGAACCAAAAUUCAAGGAUAACUUUGAUUCUACCCCUAAAAUAAAAAGCUCUCACACUCCUGGACAAGAAUUCAAUUGGAAUACUUAUAAGAUUAUGUACAAUGCAACCGACAAAGCUGGSAACAUGGCGUCUUGUUCAUAUAAUCUGCAAGUUGGUCCCUUGAAAUGCACUCUAUACGAGCCCCCUGACAACGGAAUACGAGCCUGUAAUAUCAAGUUCAGUGGUGUAAAACAAGAAUACGUAUGCACAGUUCAAUGCAGGGACAAUUAUGACUUUGUGACCGAGCCUCAAUAUCAUUCUUACAACUGUAAAGAAGAUGGCAAGUGGUAUGGUUAUAAGAUGUUCAACUUUUUUCCCCUCACCAUCCAACCUGGUGGAAAGCCMUGGCCUGAAUGCUCCGUAAAAAGUGCUCCAACCGGAGUAACAAAGAAAGCAAAGAUCUACGCAGGAACUUGUCUAUCUGGUAAUGAAGCAACUCAAAAACAAAUAAAAGACAACUUCAUCAACUCGCUCAAGCAAGAUUACUUCAUGAAUACUAUGAUCUGUUUGUCCAGUAACAACGUGGAAUGUCAGUAUGACAAUGUCAAAGUGUAUUGUGGCAAAAAUAGCAAACGCAAGAAGCGUGGCCUCAGUGAUAAUGCCUUCGUUAUUGAACUGGAUUUUGAUUUGUUGGAUCUUUCUCCUUCGCCAACAGAAUCUGAAGAAAGGCUUAAAAUCAAAAGCUACGCAGACAAAAUAAACCAGAAUAAAAACAAAGUAGAAGAAUCAAUGAAGCGUGCAGCAGCCUCUGCAGUAAAAGURCAAUCAAACACCGUUGAUGUUGAAGACGACCAAGCCAUCACUGGAGCAUGCGCAACAGGAAAGGUUGUAAGAAUGAAAGGUGGUAAUGGUUCGUACCUCGAUCGAUCUGAAUGUGUUGACUGUAGCGCUGGUACGUAUUACGACAAAAUCACAAAGGCUUGCAUUCAUUGUAAGAAAGGACAUUAUCAGGACCAAGAAGGGCAACAGAGUUGCAAGUUAUGUCCGUCAGGUACAGAUACGGUGGCUGCUGGAGCCAAAAACAUUAAAGAAUGUAAAGCGUAUUGUUCCAAGGGUGAAUACUCGGUCAGUGGUCUAUCAUCAUGUACAGCAUGCCCAGUAGGACAAUACCAACCAAAUGCUCGCAGCACAUCGUGUCUACGAUGCCCUACAGGGACAAGCACUUUGGACGUCAGGAAAUCAUCUCUGGAAGACUGCAAAAGAUUUUGUUCAGCUGGAUAUUUCUCGGUGGACGGUGGACUAGGUGCUUGUGUGCCCUGUCCACGAGGAACUUACCAGCCAAACGCAAAAAGAAGCAGCUGUAUUAAGUGUCCUUCCGGUAUGACCACCGUUGAAGAUGGAGCAUCUUCGUCCGCACAAUGCAAAGCAGGUCAGUGUGGGAUGGACUUUGAAAAUGGUAUAGAUCACUGGACAAAAACCGGCACAGCCUUCAACAACCAACCAACUUACGGUGACAACCCUAGAAGUCGUAACCGAGAGUCGUCACAACACCAGGGAAACUGGUGGAUAGGUGGAUAUGAAAACCGUCCCAGUGCCUCGUUGCCUGGUGGUCAAGUCCAAGGUGAUGGUCCUCAGGGGACUCUGACUUCCCCUGUGUUCUCGAUAUCAGGGAAAGAGCUAUCGUUUUUAGUGGGUGGUGGAUGCGAUAUUAACCUCGUUCGUGUUGAGUUAUUAGUUGAAGGUAGCGUUGUUCGUAAGGAGACUGGGAAGUGUUUUGAAUCGAUGACCAGAAAGUAUUGGUCGGUGUCUGAGUUUAAGGGAAAGAUGGCGCAAGUACGAUUGGUAGAUCAUAGUAGUGGUGGAUGGGGACAUAUCAACUUUGAUGACUUGAGAGGUGAUACUUGCAUAUGAGCUUUGAAAAGUACUACCCGAAAAUGGACUGUGUUUUAUGGAUUAAACAGAAAUUUGUUGUAAAAUUUGUUUGAAUGUGAACAAUAAAUCCGUGUUUAUUGUGAA